AUUCCAUCGAGGUGAAGGCCGGAGUCCCUGGCCCACAUUCUCUCUCCUCAUUCUCUCUUUCUCUCUCUACAAAAUUUCUGGUAUUCAUCUGCAAGAAUCAGAAUCCUUCAAAAAACCCAGAAGCAUAAUCGCACAAUGGCAACAACCUUUCUGUUGAUGAUGACGCUGUUGCGGUUGCGACGCCAUGAAAAACCAUGUAUCGUCGGAAAAUAAAUACAACCACCACCAUCGCCAUCGCCACCUCCACCGCCAUUGCCCAUUGACACCACCAUUGUUGUUUAAUUUGAUCAGCUAAAGAGAAAACCCAUCAACCAUGAAGAAGAAAACCCAUCAUCAUAACAACGCUGUUUACAUCGGUAUCGGUAUCUUUCAAGGUGUAAUACUCUGCCACCAUCGCCGCCUCCACCUCCAUCAUCUACUCCCUUUUAUCUCCGCCGUCGCCGGUUGUAUUUUAUUCCUUUUCGCCGUUUUAUCAUUCCUUUCGCCACCAAUCAACCACGACCAAUUCCAUUCCCACCAUAAGUCUGAUCAAUACAUCGAGGUGCGUUCAAAUGCCCGAAAGCCGACAGCUUUUCUUGUUCCGCAUUCGAGAACACAAGAGCUUGUUCGUCGGAAUCUAUGGCAGUCAAGUCACUCCCAGUUCUACUACGAAGCAAAUGCAAAAACAAAUCCCCAUCGGUUUUUAUUGAUUGCAACGAGUGGUGGUUUAAAUCAACAACGAACAGGGAUAACAGAUGCAGUUGUUGCUGCUUAUAUACUAAACGCGACACUCGUAGUCCCAAAACUUGAUCAAAAAUCAUAUUGGAAAGACCAAAGCAAUUUCUCUGAAAUCUUUGAUGUGGAUUGGUUUAUAUCGUAUCUUUCAAAAGAAGUUAAGAUCGUUAAAGAGCUUCCUGCUAUUAAUGGGAGAGUUGUGCAUCCUCAUCGGACCCGAGUGCCCCGAAAAUGCAAUCAAGGGUGCUAUCAAUCUCGAAUGGUACCUUUACUCGACAAGAAAAAGGCCGUUAUGUUAACCAAGUUCGAUUACCGGUUAUCGAACCGUUUGGCUACGGAUCUUCAGAAAUUGAGAUGUCGAGCCAAUUAUCACGCGUUGAAGUUUACUGAUCCGAUUGUUGAAAUGGGAAAAACAUUAGUUGAACGAAUGAGGAAGAAAAGCAAGCAUUUCAUAGCUUUACAUUUAAGAUUCGAAUCCGAUAUGCUUGCAUUCUCGGGAUGCUAUUAUGGUGGUGGAGACAAGGAAAGACAAGAAUUGCAACAAAUUCGAAGAAGGUGGAAAACUUUACAUAAAAGGAACCCAGAUAGAGAACGAAGGCAAGGGAGAUGCCCAUUGACUCCCGAGGAAGUCGGGCUUAUGCUACGAGCAUUAGGAUAUGGGAGAGAUGUUCACAUCUAUGUGGCAUCUGGUGAAGUAUACGGAGGUGAAGAUACAUUAGCACCGUUAAAAGCUUUGUUCCCGAACAUUCAUUCCAAGGACACUAUCACAAACAAAGAGGAACUCGCACCGUUUUCAUCAUAUUCUUCGCGUAUGGCCGCUCUGGAUUUUAUCGUUUGUGACGAAAGCGAUGUUUUCGUCACAAACAACAACGGUAACAUGGCCAAAAUGUUAGCCGGCAGAAGGAGAUACUUUGGGCAUAAACCUACGAUCAGACCAAACGCCAAAAAACUUUGGCGUUUGUUUCAGGAUCGUGACAACAUGACAUGGGAAGGAAUUCGUGAACACGACCCGAUUUUAUCAGAUCGGGUUCAUGGGCCAACCCAAUGAGGUUAAGCCUGGGAGUGGAGAGUUUCAUGAAAACCCGGUUGCGUGCAUAUGUGAAGACAAAGAGUCAAAGUCAAAGUCAAUGAUAUGGUCAAAACCUGAUUUGGAAUCAAAUGAUGAAACCGAUAGUUCUUAUGAGGAGGAUGUUGAAAACGAAAACAAGACACCGGAGAUUCAAAGGUUGGCUACAAAAGAUUCGAAUCUAAUCACUAAUCCUGAAAAUCAUGAGCUUGAAGAGAUUUUUUCUGAUUAAUUAUUAAAAAUUUUAGAUUUUUGUUAUGGGGUUGGUUGGGUAUUUUAAGAACUUUUAUGAUAAAAAAUAGUAUGCCUAAGAAAUUUGUAUAUAGAGGCUUUUGUUAAAGUUGCUGAAAUGUUUUGGGUAGGUUG